AAGGUCAUCAGUCAGCGUAACGGGAGUGGACACGCAGCGGCGUCACUUGCAGAAACGUUGGCAAGCAUUGAAACGUAGAGACGUGCCAAUUGAACGAGGAGCUUUUUUGAGCCAUCAGCUAUGUUUUGGCUAAAAUGUGUUACGGUCUGCAUGGUACUUUUGAGAGUUCAUUGCUACAUCCCGUACUCCGGAAACCGCUGCACUGAAGAACCUGACGAUGUAUACAUCUACCCAAAUUACGGUGGCGGCGACCAGCCGAAGCCACCUGAAAUCGGCCACAGCUACAUCGCGAAGUACGAAAUGAAUAGCAUCGACGCCAACCACCCAGCGUGGGUCGAAGAGUAUUUUGACUACGAGGGAAAGAGAGCGAAAAUAUCAGCGUCUGUUCUGGGCGUAGAGUUUGUCGACAUUUACGAUUACGGCAGAGGCACUGUCACGUCGUAUCGACUAUCCAGAACAGAGCACAGUGGUUGGAGUUCGAAGAUUGAAGACACCUGCGAGACAGUUGAAAUGGCGAAGUUCAAGCCGGCGUUUCCAAUUUUGUCGUACCCUUACUCUAAGGAAGCUAAAUCUGGCCCACAGCCUAUGGCUACGUCCAACCGAGCAUUGAAGUACGGCCCUCCGUACAACUAUACCUACAUGGAACUAUACAUUGGCAAAGAAACCCGAAACGAACAAUCAGACCUUUUCAGGGGCUGCAUAAAUGAAGAACAUCUGAAUUUUUCCAUUCGCUCGAACUUCUAUUGGGGACGCGCCCUACCAUUUUCUUAUCCAAGCGGAGAAGAGCGAGUCCCACUUUAUAUUGAAAUGAGGGGACCGGAUUUAAAUAAUAAUAGGAAAGAAGUAUACACGAUGAUGUAUGUUUCGUGGUUCCAAAGAGACCCAGAGUUCGGUUUUGACACGUUUCAGGUUCCAAAAGGACUGCACUGCAACUACUCGUCCAAUAGAGGGCGCUUGCCCAACAUGCCCUCGUCGUUUAGCUACGGUGUUGAAGAGACUGUAUUUCAACUUGAUGGCAGUGGCUUUCUGAAAGGCGGCUUUGCUUCGCUUUCAUACAAAAAGGUGUGGUACGAUAGCGAGCUAAAACUCGCAAGGAUUGAUAUGAGACCGUCGAAAGAAGACCUAAAGUCAGAACUACGAUCAGUGGGCGACUCGCCUGGGUUUAUCUCUGUCCUAUUCGACCUGAAAACAGGCUUUACUUAUGUUGGAAGCGUUGUAGAAUCGAAAUGCCUGUUAGUGGACAAGCAGAAGACUCAUUUUUGGAAGCACCCUAACGGCUCUCUGAAAACGUCUGACGAAUUCUUCGGUAUCAGCGCAAAUCUGCAAUACAAGGGAAAAGCUACCAUAAUGGGCGCUGAAGCUAUGACGUGGACAGAGCUAGUCAAAGGUGCCGGAAAGUCCUCAACAAUAAAAAGGGACAUGUCUUUUGCGUCGUAUGACACAAGAAAAGACACAUACAGUAAUAAGUACGUCUUUUCUUUGAUUCAAGAAGCAAUCUACGAGGAAGAAGACACACAGCAAAAUCGGUCUGGGGAGUUUCCAGACCAGAAUGUCACCAUCAGAAACUACCUUUAUUUCAACUCCUUUGCGCCAGAUCAAGAUGUAUUCAGCCAGCACGCUUGUCUGCCAGAAAAACCUGCAGGCUCGUACUACAUAAACUUCAAACCUUUGAAGGCCUGCACUUUGGACGCUGCCAACAGGACAAGGUUUUUAGCAGCUUUUCGCAACGCACUUAGAAUUUCUACAAAGUUGAGCACCAUUCUGGCUGUCCAAAAUUUUCACUUCAGGUGGUACAACGGGAACGGAACGUCAGUAGGAUUCACUUUUCAUGAAAACAUUCCGGGAGAGAAGUCCACCGAGUCAAAGUUUAGCACAAUAGCCAAGCAGAAGGCAGAGGGAGACCAAAAGCCUUUGACAGUAAGCUUUCGGCUGACAGCGGCAUCUGAAAUGAAUGAGUGUACCUGGCAAUCAUAUCUAUUUCACAAACAGCGACUCACUGUGCUCCAGCCAACUACAAUGCCAACCCCAGAUAUGGCGGUCUAAUCGAAGCGCUACAAUUUAGUCUACGUUGCAUGCGUGAAGCUGCAAUGACUCGGAUGUCGGGAUUUCCUCGUCUCCGUCGACAGAAGAGUCUACAGAAAACCAUUCCACGAGUAGAAGCGAAAGGUACCUACCUCCAUGAAAUUACGCAUGCAAGACACACCUCAGUAUUUGUUUCAAUAA